GUUCCACACGUGACUGACUUGCUACUCCUCUCCUGAAGGCUGAGCGGAGGUAAAGACAGAGAUCAGAGGAGGACAGAGAGGAGAAUCAUCUGAUCGGCAUCGGCUCGGUGCCUUUUUUCCUCCCAUCGGCCCUUUAUUUCACCUGCUUUUUGUUAUUUUUAUAGACAAACAGCAGCACAGGUAUUGUAUUUUUUUCAUCCUCAGCCUUCAAACCCAGCCUGCAGCCUUCAUCUCCAGCGGUUUUGUGUUUAUAAGCUGCCCGGUGUUUUGGAUGUAUCGGCCGGCUGCGGCGGCGCUGCUGGCGGUGCUGAGCGCCUGUCUCUGCGGGGGGCUGGGGCGCGCAGCGGGGAGAAGCCAGCAGCUCAACUACCGACCGAUCAUCGGUGUGUUGGCUCAGGAAAAUCUUCCAGAGGACCAGUUUGCCAGUGGCUCCUCUUACAUCGCUGCUUCCUAUGUCAAAUACCUGGAGGGAGCCGGGGCUCGGGUCGUACCCAUCAGAAUCAAUUGCACAGAAAAAGAAUAUGCAAAGAUAUUCUACUCGAUAAAUGGGUUGUUGCUGCCUGGAGGAGAUGUAGAUCUUCAAACAUCCCAGUUCAGUCGAACUGCCAAGAUCUUUUACAACUUGGCUCUGAAGGCCAAUGAUGCGGGGGACUACUUCCCCAUAUGGGGGACGUGUCAGGGCUUCCAGCAGAUGUCGGUCCUCACAGCCAGCAAAAACCUGCUCACCCUCACUGAUACCAAGGCUGUGGCUCUACCUCUCACUCUCACACCAGCGGCCCAGUCCAGCCGUCUGUUCCGAAGCUUUCCCAAGGAUCUCCUGCAGUCUCUGACACAGGAAAACAUCACUUCCAAUUUCCACAAAUGGAGUCUGUCUAUGCAGAACUACAGUCGAAAUUCCAAACUGAAGAGGUUCUACAAGGUCCUGUCUACUAACAAUGAUGGGAAGAAAGAAUUUAUCUCAACGAUGGAAGCCUACCGCUACCCGUUUUAUGCAGUCCAGUGGCAUCCAGAGAAAAGCCCCUUUGAGUGGAUAGAUAAGCCGGGAAUGAUUCACUCAGCCGAUGCUAUAAGAGCCAGUUUCUACACUGGCAGCUUCUUUGUCUCUGAAGCCAGGAGGAAUCAGCACCAUUUCUCCAGUCUUGAGGAAGAACAACACGCUCUAAUCUACAACUCCACGCCCGUCUUCAGAGGCAUCGACGCCAUCUUUCUGCAGAACUACUACUUUGAUUGAUGAACAGCACUGAAGACCAAAGACAGACCUGGGAUCAGUCUAGUCAGGAUCUAGUAGAACAUAUUGACCAACCUUCAUGGUGUUGGUGUUGCUACAGCAACCUCAAAUUUCAAGUCAGUCAUUUGCAGUUUAGCUUUGCUGAUUUGCAUACUAAUAUAAAAUGCAAAAGUGCCAGAAAAAAAGUAGGAAAAACUAUAUUUUAUUGAGUCUAAUAUCAGAUAAAUGAAUCCAUAUCAUAAUAUACUAGCGUCAUGAUAAGUUUGUUUUUUAAACUAAAUUAAACUACAUGUGAACAAAUUAUAUAAAUACAUAGUUAAGAAAAAUAUGACCUAAAUUCCUAAUAUCCAUUUGUUCAUUGCAGCACACGUCUGAUAUAAAAAAUAAUUGCAUUCUCAUGUUUUUAAAAUGUUUUUUUAUAGUUAUUACAUACAUUUUGCUGGUGUUUGUCAUAACUAAAUUUCAUCUGUCUGACUCAUUUUUCCAACAUGUUUUGUCUUGAAGUAUUGAUAAUAAAUCUAGAAUGUAAUUCUUUGGACAAAUAAGCCACGAUGUGAUUACCAACUCUUUAAAGAACUACUGUCAUACUUUGAAGCUGUAUCAUUUUGUUCUAAAAAUAGUUAUGAAUAAUCACAAACCUCGACAGAUGAGUCUUGAGAAAGAGUUCAUCUUUACAUGAUUGUAUUCGUCUGUGUCUCAUU